AUUUGACGUUUCUGUCCACAUUAAAGUAUUCCAUUCAUUAUCUUUACGUUUUCUGAUUAGCUAUGAAUGUCCAAAAAGUCGACUAAUGUGGCUGGAUUUUAACUAAAUCGAAAAAUGUACAAAAACAUACACUUCGCCGUGUGGGCCGGUUGUUGUGCAUCCGGCGCUAGUAUAUUUGGAAAGUUGUCUGGGUUGCCACCGUUCCAGGACUUCCUAGCACUUAAAAUUCUCUUUUUUGGAUUAAUGCUGUUAUGUAACGCAGGUGUUUGGACCUUAUUUGUCAAAGCUCUACAUCAGAACAAUUCUUCUCUGGUGGCAACAGUACUUAGUACUGCCUCUAAUUUCGUUUUAUCAGGUGUUGUCGGAUUUGUUAUAUUUGACGAAACCACCUCAAUUUCUUGGUGGAUUGGAUUAUAUAUAAUAAUUGUAGGUUUAUUAUUGGUUCUAAGAGGUGAUGCAUCACAAUUACCGGAAGAAAUUAAAGAAGAUUAAUAUUCUUAUAAAAUCUGUGAUAUUGAAUUCAAAUAAAAUGUUAUAAAAUUAAGAA